CAGUGGAUUAGGAGCAGAAAUCAAGCGACCCGGAAAUCGUUAGCUUUGCAACAGCCGUCUGUCUCGGGACUUGCUGGUUCUCCGUUUGUGCUCUGAUCUUCCAUCGUCUCUUCCUUCUUGCUAACCCUUGGAUUAUCAACUGUGUACGGUGGGACAAGUUUGCCUGUGGCUGGUUGCCUGCCUCGCCUUGCUUCGAGAGCCCCCAGACUGGUGGUGGUUGGGCUUGUGUGCAGAGACACAGGAAGAACUUGGACACAACAUGGGUUGGAAAGGAAGGCAACCACGUGAAUAGAAGACUAACCUGACCAGGAAAAUGCUGAGGACAUCGAGCCCGAAACCCAAAAACUCCAAGGAACAGAUGAGUCCCCACAGCCCCCGGAAGCAACUGUGCAAUGGAGGAUAUCAGAGUUCCUGGGAGGAGGAGGAAGAAGAUCAGAGCAAGUUGCUGUCCCGAGACAAGCUCACCCUCUUUGACAAGCUUUCGUUGUCCCACCAAGUCUGGCUGCAGCUUGGAGUCGAGCCGGAGCAGGUCAGCGAAAUUCUCAGAAGGCAGCCCCCAGGGGCAUUUUUGGUUUGGAGUAAUAAUUGCGGAAGAAAUAAGAUCCUGACAGUCCGUACGGAACAGGGGGCCUGUGAAACAGAGGAUUUUAUCAUCAAGGAGAAUUGCUCAGUUUAUUACCUGGAACAUUCCUACCUGGGGUUUACCAGCAUCUUCCAGCUGAUUGGUUACUACUGUGUCAGCAGGGAUGUUCUACCCUCUCGCUUGCAACUGCCACUUGCCAUCUUGUGCGCCACCUACAAGGAGGAAUUGGAGGAGAUCUCAGCGCUUGGCAUGAUGUUCUGGGAUUUGCCACUGAACCAAAAGCAAGAUGGAAGCUCCCAGGAAGCCGCCGGUGACACCAUAGAGGUAGACCCAGCCACAUCCACCGCAGAGCUCCUGAAGCAUCAGCACCUCCCAAUGUGUUCCAUCCAGGUGACCGGAGAGAACGGGGCACUCUUCUUCAUCAACCCCCUCUUCCUCAAGGAGCACGGCGACAGCUGGCUGCAACAGGCUGGGCCCUCCUGUACCUUCCAGCACUCUCGCUUGGCCACCAGGUGCAGAAAACGCUCGGCAGGAUCUCUGGCCCCUCAGACACACCGGGAUACCCUCAGCUGCAAUGACAGCGAGAAAUCGGAUUCGGGGAAGAGUGUGGAAGAGGAGGAGAUAUUUAAAGCUCAGAGCGCAGAGGUGAGCGCAGAGGUGAGCAUAGAGGCAAGUCCAGAGACGCCGUCGACAGCCUCGCGGAGGAAAACCUUCAGCCGGCGGGCGGCCUGGAGCUGGGGCGACAACCCUGAGGGCGAAGUGACGGAGGAGGUGGCAAGCCCCCGGGGCGGGGGCGGGGGCGGGGGGAGCAGCACCCUGCCGCCCUACUACCGCGCCUCCUGGCUGGAGAGCAGCAGCCUCAAGUGCCCCUCGUCCCUCCGCAAGUCGCACUCGGAGAGCUCGCUGCUGGCCUGCGACAGCCCGGUGCUGCCACCCAUCUUGGAGCUGGACUCGCUGUCGGUCAGCAGCAUGGAGGAGGAGGUGACGGCGGCCAGCCCGCACACACCGCACAGGCAAAGGUACAAACGCCACUCACACGGCCUGACCGACAAGGUGAGGAACCGGCUGUCGGCCGUCAGCCACGCCUUCACCGGCCUCGUGUCGGCUGACCGCAGGAUCAGGAACAAAAUCGAGGAGCUGUCUCACAACAAGGACUGCUACUUUGGCAGCCUGCUGCAGGGCUUCGUCUCCUACACCAUCGAGGGCAGGGGCAAGCACACCAGCAGCACCGAGAUGCUGCAGGGGAUCCAGCAGAUGAUCACCAGCCUCCGUAACUACCUGACGCAGAGCUCCGAGCUGACACACCUGCUGGACCAGAGCGACCACGAGGAGUGUGACACAGAGGUUGCCAUCCAGAAGGCUUUGCAGAAGUGUGUGCUGAAACCACUGCGUGACAACAUCUACGCGUGCCUGCUUGACUUCCACACCAAGGACGGGUCUCUGAAGAAGCUGACCACCAACCAGCUGAUUCUGCAGAGUCAGACCCCGGCGCAGCUGGGGGUGACAGCCAGUGUUCCCGACGCCGUGGCACUGGAAAAGAUCCAGCAGAAGUUUGCUGCCAUGCACCUGGCCUACUCGCCCUUCAAAAAAGUGGCGCAGCUCCUGAAGGCCUGCAAGCUUAUCUACGAAGCGAUGUCUGGCUCAUCAGGGAAGCCCUAUGGUGCUGACGACUUCCUUCCCGUGCUGACGUAUGUCCUGGCCACCAGCAACCUGACCAACCUCUGGCUGGACGUGGAGUACAUGAUGGAGCUGCUGGAUCAAAACCAACUUCAGGGUGAAGGGGGAUAUUAUUUAACAACCAUGUUCGGCGCUCUGUUCCACAUCAGCAACUUUCAGUCCCGGUCGCUGACCCGUCAGAUGAGCGAUGAGGCCAAGUCGUCUCUCUACCAGUGGCAGAGACGGAGAACGCUGCAUCACAACCAGUCCAAACGGCGCUCGGCACAGGAUUUGCUGUCUAUCUCGCUACAAGAGCCCGGUGGGAACCAGGUGACCAUCUUGGCCCCCGCUCACAUGACCGUGACAGAGGUGUGCAAGGCGUGUGCCGAGAAGUUCGGGGUGUCGGAGCCAGAGGUCUACGGCCUCUUCUUGGUGAGGGGCAGCUCCUACAAGCGACUGGAGGAAGGCGCCUGCCCCCAGCAGGUCAAGCAGGAGAUUCGUCAGAAGGAAGGGACAGCCUUCAUUUUCGUGUAUGCACCCGCUGACGGGACCCCGUGCUCCCAGCACGAGAAGCAGCUGACCCCGUUGUGAGAAGCCCCCAACCCCUCACCCCACACCACCAAAGCAGGACUGCCGGGAAGUUCCAGGCCAAAAUCCAAGGGUCUUGAUGUGGCUCCCUGUUGUGAAAUGCACAGCCAAACACCGAUGGAUUGCCGGGACUAUCUCUCGUCCACAUGGAUGCAUCUACCUGCCUGCGUCGAACGACUAUGUUUCUGUUAGAGUUGGAUGUCUAGUAUCAGAACCUAUCUCAAUACUCAGUUCGUCCUCCCGGCAGUUUAACCCACCCGGAGCCCCUGCACUGGGGAUCCAGCCUUCAAAUGGUCAUUCACCCCGACAGCCUUAAGCAGAGACUCUAUUGUGGCAUCCCCCACAGCUCCCGCGUUGGCAGGCUUAUACGGUAGUCCACCUCUCGUCGGACUCAGUUUCCGCAUUCCCUCUUGUCAUCUGGAGAUUACAGCAGUGCAGAUAACAGGGGAAAAUCACAAUCAGUGAUGUCUGACACAGUCAAAUAUCUAGUCUCAGUGAGUUAUGAGCAGACAGGAAGAGACACAACAAGUGGAUCCAGGAAGAGACGGGGCAUUGUUACGAGCAGAAAGAGGUGGGACAAAUAUUGAAGUGUGAUAUACAGCAAUUUCCAGUUACCCCAACCCUACAAAUAAAUUAUAUUUUGUUUUUACUAUUGGUUACAGCACCUUGUAAAGAUUUUUGAAUAAAUAUUAUACA